GGAUCCAUAACAUGUCGAGAAGCUGAGCGGCUUUUCCACGUAGAGAGCAUGCGUGUGGGACUUGGAACUCUGGUAUGGGCGCUUAUUGUCCUUGGAGGUGCCUCACUGGUUGGCCGAGUAGUCCACGUACUGAGUGUGGAUGUGGAGGAAGCAGUUGGUGACCAUGAGAGCCACACAAAUAGACACAGCCAGAGUAGCCAGCCUCAGCUGAAAGCAGAGAGUGACCACCUCAUGUGGUUUAUGCAGGUAUCAGACCUGCAUUUAAGUGUAUUUCAAGACCCAACACGCUCAGUGCAUUUACGGGAGUUUGCUUCCUUCACCGUUAAAACUGUGAAACCUGCAGUAGUCCUUGCUUCAGGUGACUUAACAGAUGCCAAAACUGUUGACAUGCUUGGAUCAAGACAGUAUAUAGAAGAGUGGGCUACAUAUCGUGAUAUUAUUCAAACCUCAGGAAUUCUCAAUAACACUGUCUGGCUAGACAUCAGAGGAAAUCAUGACAACUUUAAUGUACCAUCCUUGGCUAGUGAAGCCAACUUCUACCAAAACUACAGCAUUCAAGGACAACGUCACCAGCGCUCUUAUAUGUACAUACACAAAUAUGGAUAUGAUUCAGUGGCCUUCAUUGCUGUUGAUGCUUGUCUUCUUCCAGGCCCGAAAAGGCCAUUUAAUUUUAUUGGUAUGCUCACGAACAAAGAAAUGAAGCUACUUCAGGAAUUUGAAACUGCCAGCCGCAAGAGUAAUUACUCAGUGUGGUUUGGCCAUUAUCCGACCUCUUGUAUACUCUCACCUGAGCCAGGGAUUCGUCGAGUCAUGGGCCACGGGCUGGCAUACCUCUGUGGUCACCUACACACCCUAGGAGGACUUGCACCAAAUAUGUAUACCAGGCAGCACACUGGUUCUUUAGAACUAGAAUUAGGUGACUGGAAGGAUGGAAGAAUUUUUCGAGUAGCAGCAAUAGACCAUGGCCUGUUUUCUUUUACGGAUGUGACGCAUGGCACAUGGCCCAUUAUCCUUGUCACCAACCCCAAGCACGCUUUAUUUGCCAUGCCCCUCCAUGAACCACUGCACCUGUUAAGGGAAUCCUCGCAUAUCAGGGUGCUGAUUUGGUCACUAGCUCCCAUUGUAGAGGCUAGAGUUAGACUGGAUGAGUCCCAGUCGUGGCUUGUACUUUCCCAUGUAGAAGGACCAUUGUAUGUAACUAAAUGGAAUGCUGAGAGAUAUGCAGAUGGAAUACAUUCACUUGUGGUUCAUGUAAGAGACAGAGAUGGACGGGAAGGAACAGUUACCCAGCCAUUUUCUCUUGAUGAAUCUCGACCAUCAUUUCGUUUUUGGCCCAGAGCUCUCUUGAUGUCAAAUGUCUCAAUGUUUUUCCAAUUCCUGUUUGGUAUCAUGGUGUGCAUAUGUGUGAUUCCUCUUUGUAUACUUCGAUACAUACAUCAUUUAGUUCUUGAACGUCGGAUGGUACGACCACGUCUUAAAUGGUCUAUUUGCAACACGAUAUUACGAAAGCUGUGGGUGAUGGUGUCAGUGGACAGACUCUUUUGGCCUCUAAUCCUAACAGCCAUAUACUUGCCACUAGGACCCUGGUUUGUUGGGGAAGUAAUUGAAGACCAUAUUGGUGUGGUAUUUGCAUGGGGGACCUUUGUCAACAGAAGUUACCUACCUGGGUCUCUCACUUAUGCCUAUGGAUUUUUUCAGAUGGUGGUCUUUCAAGUACCACUCAUUAUGGCAGUUUCCCAUUGCAUUGAUCUAAGAUUCCGGUCACUGUACAUUAGUCCCAUCUGUAGCUUCCCUCAGUACCUCUGGCGACAUAUUUGUUUGCUGAUAAUUAUUACAAGUCAGAUGAUCUCAGCUUACUUCUUCUGGUUGGCAUAUGGCACAAUGGCACUCCUCCUGGGCCCCUUGCGCACAUGGUCAGCAAUUGUUGGACUAGUUUUGUGGUACCAGGCAGCCACUGCACAUAAGAACCUUCUCAGAGAAGCAGCUCGGAUAUGGAUCCCAAGACAGCAGAACUUGGAAGCAGAGGAGAAUGACUUUACCAAAAGUGCUGGAAGUGUUGAUGAUGUUACACAGAGCUCUCUUUGACUUCAGCAUUUAUCUUUCUGUUUUCUCAAGGUUUCAUAAGGUAUAUGUCAUUAUAUUUACAUAAAGUGGAUAGCUUUAAUUUGUUAUUGAUACAGAUUCCAUUGCAGUGCCAAAAAGGAAACCUUAGAUAAACAUUUGCUUUCAGAGGAUUGGUGUAUGUUGUAGAUGUCAUCACUACAGGAUAUUUGUCAGAUACAGAAUACUUCAGUAACUCUUAAAUAACCAAGAUGAAAUGUCUGUAACUGUAUGAAUUAUAUAUCAAGUAUCAUAAGAGAACUGUAAAUGCAAGUCACUGUAAAAUUAGUUUUAAUCCAUGUUUUUGGUACUUGUUUGAAUAACCCAGAAGAGGCUGUUACUUCUUCUUUCAGAGUUGAUGCAUUUCUGUCUAAGAAAGAUUUAACUGAAUAUCUUGAUACCAUGAUAUUUGUUUGAUUCAGCAUAUUGCUGAGAAUGAGAAUUAAUAUUUACAAAGAAAUGUUCUAACUUGAUAUUUUACUUAUUUUUAAGUAGUACUUUAUAUGAUGCUACUCAAAAUCCUUGACAGUAUGUUAAAGAAAAAAAAUCAGUAUUCUAUAAAUUUAACACUUCAGAAAGUCAGUAUC